AAAAAAAUAAAAAGCCAUGACAACCCGGGCCUCGGCGCGGGCCGCGCUCUGGACGGACCUCAGCCGCAGCUUGAGCGCGCUGGAACUAUGGGAAGUCCCGGAAGAGAUCCUCGUCGACAUCUACGCCCAUCUCAUGCAGGGUCUUCCAACACCGGACGCGGAAGAAGGCUACGACUACCUCCGCGACGUGUCGAAGGACGCGCUCUCGGCGCUUGCUGGCGCCUUCACGGCCGUCCUCGAGACCACGCGCGAGACGCCCGAGACGUCUAAGAACUUUUGGCAGUGCGUCCUCACGAGCAUUUUGCAGCAGCGAGAAGCCGGCGACGACGACGACGACGACGAAGUGGCGUCGGGCGGCAGCCACCGUCACCUCCUCGUCGCGCUGCACCUGAUCAUUGCACAUGCGCUCGGUAUGGACAAGGCAGCGGCAGGCAUCGUCGCCACGAUGGAAGCUAUGGAGAUCGGUCUCAUGGCGGCCCACGUGUACCUCGUGUGGCUGCAAAUCCCGGGCGGCUCGGCCUUUGGCGUCUUCAUCCCGUUCCUGUACCGUGAAGUGCUGCGCCUUUUGCACACAUGGGCGACGCUCAUGUACUCGCCCGACAGCGAUGUCGCCGACCCCAACAUGCCACGGCAGCUCAAGCGCAAGCAGCACCAGACCCGUCGCGCGCCGGUCCAGUCCCCGGCUCUCGUUGCGUCCGGCCAGCGCGUGCUCGACUCCCUCGAAGCCACGACGACGCACGUGGCGUUGCAGCACGACGCGCUAACGCCUACGAUCGACGCGCUCCUCUCGGUCGUCAACUUUAUGCUCCUGCAAGCCGCCCCGACCGAGUUGCCCCGCCAGAUUCUUCAGACAAUCUGUCUGCACCAAUCGCCGGACGCCGUGCACUUGGUGCUCGGCCGGCUCAUUCCGGGCGUCGCCUUGCGCGACAACGCGCUGCCAACGGGCCCGUGGGACAAGCUCCGCCACGCCCACGUGUUCCAUGCAUGGGCACUCGACGCGAUCGACGAGAUCCUCCGCGUCAUGCCUGCCAACGACGGUGACAAUGACCCCACUGACGACGACGACGAGACGGUUCCGGACGAGCUCGCGCUGUGUGUGCUCCAGCAGCUCUGCUUGCGCAUCCCGGACAAGAGCGACGACCGCAAGAAGGUUUGCGCGGGUCUUCAGCUGCUGCUGUCGCACCACAUCCUACACCGGCCGACGUCGCUCUCGCUCUUCUUGACGUUCCUCGACAGCUACGCGCGCCAUGAAAAGGUCAAGUAUCGGCAAUUCGCCGUCGAAUUGCUCGCUGAUCUCGUGCUGGAGCCGGCGCUCUUUGGCGCGGCAGACGGCGACAACGACAGCUUUCUCGGUCUCGUGCCGCUGCUUCGCAUUCUGGGCCACCGCGCGUGUGACCGGGUCUCAACCGUGCGCACCAAGGCGAUUGCGGGCAUCGCGGCGCUUCUGUCGUUUGGCACAGGCCGCGCCGCGACAGCGACGCACGAGCAGUUUGCGUCGGUGCUCGCAGCCGCGCUCACGUCGUCGGCCAUCGUGUGUCCGACCUCGCUCCGGUCCGCCACUGUCCACGCACAGCUGCUCGCGCUGUGCCGCGAUCGCCUCUUUGAUGACAAGACGUACGUCCGGCGCGCGUCGCUCCAAGUGCUCGAGGUGCUCUUGCUGCGGCAGAAAGAUCCGGACGUCCUCGGCGACAUCCACGGACGCUGCGCCGACCCGUCCAUCAUUGUACGCAAGCAAGCCAUGCUGACGCUGACGACGCUCCUCACCGCGUCGCCGACCGACAAGGACAUUCAAGUGACGUGGAACCUGGGCGUGCUCCCACUCGUCCUCGACCCCGAGACCACCGUCCAGACGAGUUGUCUUGGUUUGGUGGAUAAGAUCUUGCUCGAGCGACUGCUGCAGUGGCCCAAGAAGCACGCCACGGAUACGUUUGUCGCCGCCGUUUACGACCAGCUCGCGCACCUCGACAGCUUUCUCAUUCGAUUUCUUCAAAAGGCCGUGCGCCUUCUCGUCCAAAAAGGCGACGUGUCGGCCGCCAAGCUCGUGCGACAUGCGAUUGACGGCGUCCGCAGUCGCGACGACAACAAGUGGACCGUGAGCUGGGUGCUUCUCGACGAGCUCGCGUGUCGCAGUGACGUGCUCGAUGACGUGAGCGCCGCCGACGCCAAGGUCGUGGCAAGUUGCUGGGCUGCCCGUACGCCGACGCCACGCGAUCUCCACAACGACGUGGACGACGACAACGUGCUGCGGAUUCUUCGCGUGCUCUGCGCGCUGGCCGAAAAGUUGCCAGCGGCCCAAGCCACCGAGCUCGCGACGGGUCUCUGCGAUGCGCUGCAAGGCUUUGCGCACCCGUUGAACCUGAUUCCGGUGGCCCUCCAGGGCCUGCACGGAAUAUAUGGGCCGACCACAAAGCGGGCGUGGCGGUCGCCGCUCUUUGACGCGUGCGGGGCCGUCCUCGAUGCGGACGUACCGUCGUGGCCGACCGUCGAGCGCGCGCUCCAGACGAUGGGCGACCUUAUUCUGCUCGACGUCGACGACCGUGCGUCCACCGCGCUGCCGCGUAGCCUUGUGGCGCGGCUCCAGCGGUACCUUCUCCCGCGCGUCGCCGCCGACGCACGGGAGACCCCGGCGUCGAUCCGCGCGCUGGCGUUUGUCGCUGUCGGGAAGGCGUGUUUGGCCGACGAGGCGUUUGCGAAAGAGAGCAUUACGAUGUUUAUGCGCGAGCUCCAGACGUCGCCACUCGAAGCGAUUCGGUCCAACAUCCUCCUCGUGCUCGGCGACCUCUGCAUUCGAUGGACGUCGGUCGUCGACGUGUACGUGCCGACGAUCGCGUCGUCGCUGCUGGACCGGAGCCUCGCGGUGCGGCGCAACACGCUGCUGCUCUUUUCGCAGCUCUUGCUGCAAGACUAUGUCAAGUGGAAGGAGUCGCUUUUGCACUACUUUUUACGCGCGCUCGUCGAUCCGAACGAAGAGAUGGCGUCGCUCGCGCAGCACAUUCUGUCCGGCCCGCUCCUCCUCAAGACGCCGUCGCUCUUCACCAUGAAGUUUGUCGAAGCCGUCUUUGUCUUCAACAACGUCCCGACGCCGGCGCUCACGGGUGUCAUCUCGACGCCAAUGCUCCAGAACCUGAGCUUGUCGGGCAACGUCCACUUCCCCAAGCGCCUCGUCAUCUACCGCUUCCUCCUUGAGCACAUGCGCGACGAGCAAAAGCUGCAAGUUUCGAUGAAGCUCGUGACCGAAGUCCUCGACGAUGUCGUCGACGGCACGCUCCCGUUGGCGUCGGAUCCGACGACGAUCACGGAAAACUCGAUCGAGGCCGUACUGCAGGAUGCGUUGAUUCUCUUGAGCAGCCCCGAGAUUCGCUUGUCGGCGCCAAAAGACCGGGACGAAGAGCUCCUCGAAGCCGGUGACACGCCGGCGUCGACGCUCCAGGACGCAAAGCGGUCGCUUCUCUCCAAAAUGUCGCGCAAGAAUUUCAUUGAGAACGUCGUGCCCGUCGUGAUUGGCCUCAAGCACACGCUGCAGGCGAAGCGGAGCCCGGUCAUGCGCUACCUCAUGCACUGCAUCAAGGAGCUCUUUGCGUUCUACAAGACCGAGGUCCAGGACAUCCUCGCCGCCGACCCGCAGCUGGCCAAGGAAGUGCUCUACGACCUGCGGCAGUUUGAGCAGACGACGCGCCGGCCCGCGCCGCCCCCAGCCACGUCCUUUGCGUCCCAGCGCGCGUCGCUCGGUGGCCUGAGCACAAAGAAGGCGGUGAUGAUGACGCCGCUCACGCGCAUCCAGCGGGAGCACGACAAGAGAAGAGACACCGACACGGGCGAUGCGGGUUUGAGUGACAACCUCUCCAAGACUCUCUUCCUCUCGCCCAAGCCCGGCCACAAGAGCGAGAGCGACGACGACAACGACGACAACGACGACGACAUCGAAGUGCCCAAGACGCUACCGCGGCCUGUACAGCAGUGGAACGUCUCGGUCGAAUCGCCAUACGUCAAGCAAGCUGCACCGCGCGAGGGCGCCACGGCGCAGACACUCGACUUUUCCGACCUCUCGUCCGACUCGAGCGACGACGCGUACGAGUCGCCAAGCAGCCCCGUGCCUACGUUCGUCGGCAAGGGCAAGGGCAAGGCCCGCCUCGUGCAGCCCAAGAAGGCCAAGCGGGCAUAAGUGGCCCCAGAAUAAGAAUAAGAAUUCGUAUCCGACUUGCUAAACAGCAAAGUGUAUCUUCCGGA